AUUAAUAAAGGCGGGAGCUCUUGUUUUCAUAAGUUUCUGAUAUGAGUAAAAAGGCAACGCGCUCCAUAAAACCCAAGGCGGAUCCAGAUGCGGUGCCACAAAAAGCGUGUGCCAUAAAGAAAGUAUUCUAUAUAUCGGAAAAGUUGCUCAAUGCUGAAUGCGACCAUCGAUUGCGCUUGGAGCGCUUCUAUCAUCCCGGUAAGGCGCGACCGGCUUUGUUUGUGACGCUUCAGGAGCGGGAGAUAAUGGAGGUGCUAGAGUACGCAGAACCGCGACGCAGCUGGUUAAUAAACAGUGAAGUGAGCUCCAACGGACGCACAUACAUGACGACGCCAAUAGACGCCACGCUACUGGCACUUCAUCAUCUACGCAAGCAUUGCUCCCAGCGCGCAAUGUCGCUGGAUAGCAUAUGUGUGGAUGAACCGGAUGCCAGCACAAAUCGUCUGCUUACCAAGUUAGUGAGCAGCGACGGCUUGAAGUGUGUGGCAGAUGUGAAGACCUCCGGCGACCUGAUCUUCUACAAGUACAAUAGUCAGCGGGCGCUGGCAUGGCUUGCCUUGAAGACUCGACAAGUUGUGUCCGUGCUCAAGGCGAAACGGGUGCACUGUGGAUUGGGUGCCAAAUCGCAAAACUACGUGCGCAGCGAAAAGUUGGUGGAAGAAAACGAUGUCAACGAAAUGGACUACAUGCGCAUGGCCUGCGAUUAUGUGGGCAGAUAUUUGGAUGCGGAUUUACAUGCAGAACUCACAAACUAUCUGCACAUACCAAGUGAGAUUCAGGCACUAGUCGAAGAAAAUGCCACGUCCCAGAAACGCAAAUCCCAGCAAGGACAAACCAGUGCAAAUAGCAAAAAAAUUAAGCUCGCCAAUGGCGAUGAUGCUGCUGCACAGCUGCCCAACAGCAGCCUGAUCGACAGCGAUGAUAUAAAGGAGAGCAUCACGUCGCCCAGCACUCCUGCGCCGCUUAAGGAGCGCACCAUGACGGCCAAGGAGAAGGCGCUGGCCAAAGGCGCCAAGGGCAGCAAAAGCAUUGCAUCAUUUUUCAAAGUCAAAUAGUCUUAAGCAUAUGAUAAGUUGCAUUUUUUAGAAGCAUUGUUCACAUUAUCAACUCAUUUUAUUUAUAUAAACAAUGAACAACAAUUGAACACAACAAUUGAAGUUCACUGACUUCUGUUUAUGUCGCAGCGCACGCACAUCUUCAGAUUGGGUGCAUAGCUUCUUGUCAAUAGGCUUGUUUAAUGCUUGAUUAACAUGUCUGGCCUGGUACUACCAACAGGUUGUAUAAAUAUGACGCCUCAAUUGUCGCAGGCAACAAAAUAAUUACAUGUUUGCAUAGCACGGCAUUUCUUAUAUGAUUGAUGUUUCGCGGCUGCCUAGAUUCAAAUGAUUGCAUACUAAAUACCCUGUAAUAUGCAUCAAUAUGUAUAUUAUAGACAGAUCUGCAUUUUCUUUGUGUGCAUUUAAAUAAGCUUAAAUUAUAAAAUUGUAGAAUUUAGAGGGGACACAAGCUGUGGCCAGCUGUAUUUAUUGUGCCUUUUUAUGUUUUUUUUAUAUCACAUAAAUGAUCUUUUAUAAACAGCAGCUAUUAAAAAUUUAUAGAAGCUAUGCAAAUAAUUGAUAUAAGA